AUGCUGCUGCCAGAAACACCGGCAGGUCACGAUGCAGAGGUGCGGGAAAUUCAAGGUCAGUGUGUCGAAGGCGCACAGCCCGUGCUCGUGAACCAAUCCGGCGGCCUCGACUACGGUAGGCCGAGCGAGUCGAUUGGUGUAAAACCGUCAUUUUGCAAAGCUAACGGCCAAUGGCACGUGCUAGAGCACAGUGCAUGUGAAUGCCUGCCUGGAUUCGAGCCAUCUCUGCAAGACAAUGCUUGUUCAGGCUGUCCAGACUCCACGUACAAGCCCCUUGCGGGUCCUGAAGCCUGUCGAUUUUGUCCACCAACCUCCUCUUCUGAAGCCUCCACGGCGAGUACCAAAUGCGUUUGUAGUCGCCCGCUGUUCACGUGGCACGUCAUAUCUGAGUCUGGAAUUGGCGUAUGCGCACCGGAUCUACCGCGACCAGGAGACCUUGAGGUCGUGGAAAAGAACGCAGAGCGGAUUGUCAUCACUUGGAAGCCUCUAAUUAACGGUAAAAUGCCAAUUCCUGUGGCGAUUUCGUGCAUCGACUGCCAGGCAGACGAGGCGGUUUACGUUCCUGGAAGCGUUGUCGAUGGAAGUCGUGUUACAGUGCUCGGACUACGAAUAAACAGGACGUACACCUUUGCAUUUCGUUCUUGCUUGAACAAGGAAGAUGUACUGGAUUCCUGCGAUCUAAGAGCAUCGCAUCUCACUGUGAAGGCAGGAGAAUAUCCAUCCAAGCGCCUCGCACCUCACAGAGGUCGUCAAACGCUCAAUGCCACAGGAACGCAAUUCAAGGAGAAUUCUUCCGUUGCCAUGGUGUUCCACGCGUUACUUGGGUCGACAGUGUUCAUUUGUGUGACGCUUGCCUUUGUCUCCGGCGCGAUGCUACUCCACCGAAGAUACAACAGGAGACAACCGCCGAAACGUCAGUACGAGUUUAUCAAUAACAUCGGAAAAACGCCCAGCAGACCAAUUCCGAUUCAGACUCACAACACCGGAUAUGGCAACAGCCUGUUUCAAGUGGGACACGUUGAGUUCCACCAACUCCCGAUUAUCAGCCGCGAUUCCAUUGAAAUCUCCAAAUAUCUUGGCAACGGUCGAUUUGGCGAAGUGUACCUUGGACUGCUCAAACCAUCGUUGGCUCUCGCGACAGACGAAUUCAGGACGCCAGGACAUACUGUAGGUCCCACGAAGCUAUUCUUGCGCUCUCUGACAGACCUCGAUUCCGCAGUUUCCAUCGCAACUGCGGUCGCCGAAAUUGCCACCGCCAUCAAACAUCCACAAGUGGUCGAGUGUUACGGCAUCGUUAAGGGGAUGACACCGAACCUCCUUGAAAUAUCACGGGCUGAGUGUGAUCGAAGUAAGAACGAAAUCGCGUCUUCUGCUCCCUCGCCAAUGCUCUCCACACGCGUGCUUUUUCGGAUGUUACGAGAUAUCGCUGCUGGUUGUUCAUUCCUAGCCUCCCUUGCUAUUCAAAAUCUGCAAAUCAAUUCCAGCGCUGUCGUUGUUGCCUCGGAUUACUCCUGCAAGCUUCAAAUAAAGACCUGGUUCCAGGAAAGCACCCCCACUACAGACCAUCCAGCGUCUCCUUCGCUAAGUUGCAGUCUCGCGGCUUUCCUGGGCAUUACUCCACCACUAAGUAAGGUGAUUCUGGUCCACGAAGGUGACCAGGUCAUCGUUCCAGGUGUUUUAAAGCUACCCCCAGACGUUCUGCCCAGCACGUUGUUUGGUGCACUCAUUUCAACGAUUAAAUCGUCAAGUAACGGAAUCCAGGCCGCCAACAAUGAGUCAACAGCGUCGUCUGUGAAGAGCUUCGGCUGGAUCCAGUUGGAGGUGCUGCUAGCUGGCGUGUUUUGUCAGCGGUGCGUCCUGCUCUGUGGGCUGCCAGAUGAUGUGGAAUUGAAGCCUUUUCAGAAGACAUUCGUCUGGCGAGACCAGAGUGGCCUGGUAGAGAAUGUUGUGGCGUUGAUUGCUUGCUGGUUUUCCAAUGAAUUCCUUGGAUACAUGCUGAGGAGCUGCUUGGAGGAUGACGCAACUCGAAGACCCUGUUUCGAUGAAGUGGAAAACCAUCUGCAGAAAUACCUAGCUGAUGGUGGUCGAGGUCCGAGCAACAAGAUCUCGGCUGUUAUACACAGGGACGAUACACUUCCCGUUCCAAAGCUGACCACAUUUCCAGAAAUCUACAGCCAAAAGAUGCCUGCGAAGUGGAAUAAUCUGCAUUUGGCUGGACCUUGUGAAGACAUGAAUCGUUUCUACGCUUCUGACACCGUCUAG